AUCAACCGGAAAGAAGAAGAAGAACGAAAUCGAAAGUUGAGUGACAGCAGUACAAGGACUGCAGCAGUUGAUUGCGGGACGUCUCGCAGUGAGGAUGGUCUUAACCGAGCUCAGUUUCCCUGGUGAACAUGUUAUAGAUCUGCACAGAGUCGUCCGAUGGAUCAGGGUUCACUCUCCUUCUCUGUCUGCGCUAUGAUGCUCUGUCUGCUCGGAGCCACGCGCUGCUCCAAAGGCGACAAUUGUCCAUGUUCAGAUAUUCCUCACCUGCCUCUAACUAAACCUCCACCAGAGACGUGCCAAAACACUUUUCGCUACAGUUGUGUCGACAGUUAUGUGAGGAAAGUGGGAACCUCAAACCUCAUCAAAUGCAAGCAAGAUAAAGGUGCUCUAUACUGGACCAAAGCCUCCCUCAACUGUAUACCUGAUCCAUUGAGACGCACAACACAACCACCGCAGAGCAAAGGAACAAGUGAGUCUGUGAAUUCACGGGAAAAUAUUGUUAGUCAUACUGUCGACUGUGUGAUGCGAGCGAACCGCACCUACAUUCUCCGGGGCGUCCACGUUACCUCCACCAUCACACCGGCUCCCACCAGCCGACAGACGACACAGAGUGGAAGCACCUCAGCUCCCACCCAGGCUCCAGAAACGAGCAGCGCAGAGUGGACCUCGGCCGCUGAGCAUUCGCCUCCCUCAAAGGAAACUUUUCUGACAGAGACUGAAGCAACGAGCCAGACAACAUCAAGCUCACCCACCGCUGAGCCUUCCACUUACACCACAGUUGAUCCUCAAAAGCAACGCCACACUCACCACACACUUGGCAGAACAGCUGGGCUGAUCGCCUGCAUUUCCUUGGUGAUCGUCUUUGCCGUCUUUGGAUGCGGCUACUCAUGGUAUAGAAGGAGGUCAAGAAACAGCUUCCAGAUGGGGACAGCAGAGGAAACGAUGUCCAUGAAUGAUAUUUCAUCUGGACUGCCGUCGUAGAGUUUGUGCCCUUUGACCUUCUGCUGUCAUGGAGAGCAGAGACAGAAAGCUCAAGGGGGGGGGGGUUGUCUCCAUGCACCGAAGAAGUGGUUAUUACCUACGCACAGGACAUUGGCCCAGACGAUAACGGAUGACUUGAUAGGACCUUCAUUUUUUGCACAUUCCCAGGACGUUGAACUUACAGUCUUCCUUUGAGCGGGAAUUUUAAUGUUGACCAUUCACCUGGGGCACAUUCAAUACAUGUUUCCUCGAAACUGUGUUAAACGAGCUUUGAGGUACAUUUCCUCUUGAUUAGUGGGUGUAUCGGAGGUUUUACUCAAUCAGCAGCAGUUCAUACAAACCUCUGUAUUAAAAUAGGAAGUGCACAUGCAUAACUCAUUAGGGUGAUCAACGCACCACUGUUUACGAUUAUAUAAAUGUUUUGUCCGGCCUUAACGUUCCCCUGGUGCUACAACUGGAUACAUCUAGUGAUAUUCUGUUCUUCUGACUCAUCAAAUCCCAUAAAAAAAACCUCCACAAAAAACAGAACCAACCAUGAAUUAAUCCUUUUAACAAGCUCCAUCCAAGUCACAUGUUCUGUCAGUAACUGCCCCAUCCUGAAAGCCUCAGACAGGAAGGGGAAGUCUGUAAGUAUCAAGAACUUGGUUUUGGUCUUUUCAUGACAAAGGCUUACAACAGAGAAGACAGCAGCUGUAUCUCACUGGGGGGGUUUAGGCCUAGGCAGUACUCUGCAGUCAAACGGUAUGUCUGUAAACCAAUAAGUGGAAUAUUAGAGCGUUAAAGGGACAGAAGAAGACUGAUGUUCUGUGUGAGCGAGCUAUGGAUUGGAGCCAAAAAAACGAGCUCUGGUCAGAAAAAAGAUUUAUAUGUUUUGCAGCUAUUCCUUUUAGUCGUUCUUCAGCUCUUCACCUUCUCGAUGAGAAGGUGAAGAGCUCCCAUGUACAAUGAGGCCUGUAAACUGCAUAGGAUUCAAGAGUUUAUAUUAAUCACCGUACGACUAUUAUUUAAAGAUGCACCUGGUAUCUGAUAUAUAUAUAUAUAUAUGAUGCAACUGAAUGUUUAAAUGUAUUACAAAUUGUACAUAGAUAUUUUCAUGUAGUAAAGGACUUUUUGGUGUUUAUGCUCCAGAGCUUGUUGUUGUCAGUGAUAAAGCUUGUGAAAAUACCACCAACACAACUUCUGCUGAAAUAUGUCUGUGGUCAGCAGAUUUUUAAGGCAGUGCGAUUCGCUUACCUCAUCUUUUCUUAAAAAUUGCAGACAUGACGCUUUUCUUAUCCCUCUCUCGUCUUACUUCCUGUUGCUCUCCACUGUCCGUUUGAGUGAUUUAAAAAAGAUGAAAAUGUAUGAAAAAUAUGAAAUAUGUUUGAAAGUAGAAUUACAGCCUCGUGGUCGUCUGCCUCCGCCACUCAGACUGGUUUCAGGUUACAUCCCUGUUUAUCCAGAGUCAUAGAAAAUAUGAACAAUUUUGUCAAAAUUGCCUUGAGUCAUGGCUAAAACAGUGUUUGGUGUUUGACCACUAAAAUCUGAUCAGUUUGUCUUUGAGUUACUGAGAUAUCGUAACCAUGAGAAUGUGACGGACGGACAGACAAACUAAAAACAAUAUGUCUCCUGCUCUGGCUGCUAUGAAAACACAAGAGCCCGAAGUUGCAAAUGAAGGACUUUUCUGUAGCUGCUGAUAAUAUAUCUAAGUAAACACAUUAUAUAAGUCA